AUGAACACCCCGAAGCAGUGCGUCCCACCCAACAUCAAAUUUGAGGUUGACGAUAUAGAAGAGACGUGGACAUACCGUGAGCCGUUCGAUUACAUACACUGCCGUGCAAUGACGUCGUCUAUAUCAGACUGGAGGAAGCUCCUCCAGCAAGCCUACGACCAUCUUGAGCCCGGGGGUUGGUUUGAAUUGCAAGAAGGUCAUGUCCGACCCUUGUCCGACGACGGGACGCUAACUCGGGAGCACUCACUAUCAAGAUGGGCAGAUUAUAUCGAAGAGGCAUGCAAUAUCAUGGGGCGCCCUUUCGUAAAUGUGCUAUCCCUCGUGGAAGUCAUGAGAGAGAUCGGCUACGUCAAUGUGACGUAUAGCACGUUCAAGUGGCCUCUUAAUACUUGGCCCAAGGAUGAGCAUUAUCAGACCCUCGGCCAUUUUAACCAUGAGAAUUACAUGGAAGGGAUUGAAGGCUUCACACUUGCGCCUUUCACUAGGGCCCUCAAGUGGUCACGGGAAGCGGUCGACAUGUUUCUCGUUGGCGUGCGGAACGAUCUGAGAAACAGAUGUAUACACGCAUACAUUCCCAUUCAGUUGAUACAUGCGCGCAAGCCUGAGAGGUUGAAUUAA